AUGGGUGCUGCUACCAACACAAAUCAAACCAACAUGGCGAUAGACGCAGAAGAUGCGCUUCGACGCCGACGCGAAAGGGGUCGAAGAUCUCAAGCUGGCUUCCGGAAACGCCAAGCAGAAGCUACCCAGAAUCUGCAAGAGCAAAACCGCCGGCUCAAAAGCGCAAUUGAGAAGCUAGUUAGCUCCACGCGCGGGGAUGAGCACCCGGAGUUACUUAACACCAUAUUCGACGUAGCCGAAGCCGCCGGGAUCGAUGCUCAAAGACCUGCGCAGCAAAGUACCGUUAACCAGCUCCGCCCCAAACCCAGCGGGACUCCACCAAUUCUCGCCUGCGCUAUUGAUGGUGAUGCCAAGGAGGACUUCACAAUCGAUAUCGCGGCAAAAGAUAUCGACCGCAACGCAGGAGCCACGAAUAGCUACCUAAGUGACAACAGUAACAGCACCGGCUCUGACUCAUCCUCACCAGAACGUCUAACCUGCGGCAUAUGGCUAAACCCCCUGCACUACCUCCGGGUCUCCAUCCCCCCAGACGACAUAAUCCCCUACCUAGGUGCGGGUUCCCAAACUUUCGCGGGUAUAAUGUUCUGGUCCGUCAUGGACCACGGGCAAAAUAAAUGCACACGUCCACACGGGGACACCGAAGCGCUUUUACGCCGCGCGUUGAGUCAUUCGCGUGUGACCCAGGAUUGGGGGGUUAAGUAUAUACACGCCAUGGUAGAAGCGAGACAGGAGUAUAAAAGCACGGGUUCGAUUAGUCCCGAGUAUGCGGCGGCUGCGGAGCCGGAUUUGGCGAUGGUGGUUUGUGGCAGGGUGGAGGAGGAGUAUUAUGCUAGGGGUAUGGAUCCAAAUUCUUACCUCUCGUGUGUGGGCAUUGAGAAGAGGGUUAGGAGGAUGUUGGGCGAGGAUACGUUUAAAGUGCUUAAUACGGUUGCUCAAGGAGGUGGGGAUCCGGUGUUACGUGAUUUGUGGAAGAUGUUGGAGUGUAGACUUGCGGAGAGUUGUGUGUGUUUUGGGGAUGGGCCGAGGUGGGGUGUUGAUGUUGUAGAUGGAUUGUUUUUGGGUUGGCUGCAUGCUGCAUCUUGUUCUAUUUCACUGUAA